AUGCUUUCCCUUCAUUUCUGGCAGACCCGACGUCGACCUACAGAUGCUGCUUCUUCGCUGGCUGAUGGCAUUCAGACCACCAACCACGCACGGUGCCAGACAAGCGACUGGACAGGACAGCUCCUCCGCAGCAGGACACUGGCCACAGUCGCGGCCAGAGCCCCAGCCCCCUGGCUACAGACCACCUCUGCUGCCGCUCUUGGGAGCCCUCCCACCUCACUCUGGCUUGCCGAGGCCCCACCGCAGGGGCUGAAGCACUGGGCGGUGGUGGCAGCUGUAGCAGUGGUACCUACAGCUUUGGGGCCAGCCCAGGCACGUGGGAAACUGUUUCGGGCCACUCUGCGGCCCCUCCAGGACCAGAGGGGGACCCAGGACAGCCCCAGAGCUCACCACUGCCUCUUCUUGUCACUGAAACCUGGACAAGGGCUCAGAAUGGAAGGCGGUACUUCCGACAUGAACUCUCAGACCAGCCUGACGCCUGCGGAGGACCCGGUGAGCCGAGCGCAAGACAGCCAGGAGCCCCGGCAGCAGCUGCGGCCGCUUCCUGAGCCUUCAGACUCUACCCAGCCUGAAGCCAAGUAUGUGGAGAUGUGUGCUUCAGCUGGAGUCCGAAAGGAGAGCCCCCAGACUAUGAAACUGCUGCUGGAACACUGUCCUAGGGAGCAGACCUCCGAGAGCCCAAAGACAAAAGCCUGGGAUGAACCCAUCAGCCGUGCCAGCGAGGCCUCGACCCCCAAGAAGAGUCCUGCUUCCUCCCAGUGCCCCAGCUCCUGGGCUGGCGAGAAAGACUUCUCAUCUUCCUCCUCCUCCUCCUCCUCCUCCUCCCCGGUGGACAGAGCAGAAGACGAUGGCCUUUCCAAAAUGGAUGAUCCCACCAAGUUACUGGGGGUCCUGGCCACCUCCUCUUCAUCCUUGGGCUUUGAGAGUGAGCCGGAAAUGAGCUGCCAACAACACAACCGAGAAGAAGCAGAGGAAGACGCAGGAGCAAGGGAGGGUAGAGGAGGAGGGGCCAGCGAUGCAACAGAGUGCAAGGACAUGAUUGCCAAGUCCCAGGGCAAGAGGGACCCCCCGAAAAAUGAGGAAGCACACUACAUCACCACCCAUGAGAUCCAGCUGAGUGAGGUAGAACAGGGCAUGGAUUUCGAUGUGGGGCUGGCUUCUCGCUGGGACUUCGAGGACAACAACGUGAUCUACUCGUUCGUGGACUAUGCUUCCUUUGGUGGCAGCGACGAGACCCCAGGAGACAUCACCACCGAAGAAGACGAUGACAACAGCUGUUACGUCAGCACCACUCCGAGCACCAACACCACUCGGACUCCCAGCCCCAUCAGCAGUGACCUGGCUCGCCCUAGUGCGGGCAGCAGUGGUCGUGACACCAGCAGCACAGAAGUGGGCAGUGGCCGCUCCGACGGCGACACUGUUCCCCCACCCACUGGACCUGGCACGGCCACUCCACCUGAGCCUGUUCGGGAGCUCCGGGAGGCAGCCUUAGCAGCACCGGCCACUGCAGCAAGCAGCUGUGGGAGUACAGCAAGCCAGAUCCUCCUAUCAAUCAAGCCAACUUCCCGGGCUAUAAAUGAGCCUAGCAACGUGCGUGCAAAGCAAAACAUUAUUUAUGCUGCCAAGCAUGAAGGCGACAUGAGCCUCCGAGUCUCUACAGCUGCUGAACACAAUUCAAGUUCACAGAAGCAAAAUUCGGCUGCAGCCGUGGCUCAGGACCAUGCAAAGAAGUUCAUCGCCGUCCCUGCUCGCCUGCAAACCAGGUGCGGGGCCAUCCGGGCAAAGGAGCUGGUGGACUACUCCAGCGGAGCCUCCAGUGCAGUGAGUGAGCUGGACGAUGCAGACAAAGAGGUGAGAAGCCUAACUUCCAGGGCCUUCCGGAGCCUUGCUUACCCCUGUUUUGAAGCUCUGAACAUCAGCUCCCGAGAAUCCUCCACCACACUCUCCGAAGUGGGGUUUGGACGAUGGUCAACCUUCCUGGACUUAAAAUGUGGAGGUGUUGGGGCCAGAGUGGAGCAGAGCCUGCUGAGGAGCAGUGCCGCCUCUGUGGCUGCAGGUCUGAGGAAGGGUAGUGGCACCCGAGCCCCUGCAGACCAGCUCUACCUCCAGGCCAAGAAGUCCCAGACCAAGGCCUUAGAGUUUGUGGUCAGCAAAGUUGAGGGAGAAAUCAAACAUGUGGAGACACCCCUGUGCUUCCAGAAACAGGUCCAAACUGGCUCCCGGGUUGUCACCCUUCUGGAGCCCCUCAAUCUACGAAGUGAGAGUAAAGCCAGCAAAGCCAGCUCAGCCACCGGGCCCAGCAGAGUCACCAAAGGUUCUAACAAAGGCCCGGGGUCUGUGUACACGGACGAUGGGUCAGAGACAUCCGAGGGCGGCAAGCCUGCCUCGCGCAGUGACGGCCCCCAGAAGAAGUCCAAGUUUGCUUCGAGUCUGCUCAAAAACGUCAUUUCCAAGAAGAUGCAGCGAGAACAUGAGUUCAAGAUGGAGAGGGGAGAAGUCACUGACACGUCUCACCAUAACGCCCCCAGCACCUCUAAGGAGACAGAAGGCUCUCCCGGGGCCGAGAAGCCGUGGGAGAGGGGUCUGCAGAGGCAGAGCUCACGGCACUCAGAGGCUAGUUCCGAGUACACCGUGGUCAGUGUGUCUGAUGCAGCUGAAGGGUCUGUCGUAGGUUCUAAAUCCCCCGUUUUCAAAGCCAGUACUCCUCGAGAGAGCAACACAGGCCCCGGCCGAAAUUUCUCUGAUGGACACACGGAAGUGUGUGAAAUUAAAAAGAGUGCUUCGGAGACUGUGAAGGGUAUCUUCCUUCGGAGUCAGAACAGUGCCUUCCGGACGUGGAAGGAGAAAGAGGCAGAGAAGCUGGAGGAGAAAGCUCCCAUCGGGAAACUAAAGCUCCCCAAAGGUGGGGACUGGAGAGCUGAUCUUGGGGAGAUCUCUGCCAGCAAGUCCACCAUCAUGUCUCGCCUCUUCGUUCCCAACAUCCAGCAGACACCCAAGGACAAACAGCCAGAGAAGCAGGCCACCAAGUACCCUGCCGCUGCCCAGGCUACCUCCAUGGCAGUGGUCAGGCCCAAGGCACCUGAAAUCAAGAUCCGCCUAGGAAGUGUACAACAGCCAAGCUCAGAUUUCAACAUUGCCAAGUUGCUCACGCCCAAACUGGCUAGUGGCAGCAACUCAAACCUCUUCAAGACCAUUGAGGACAACAGCAGGACCCAGCAGAAACUCUUUCGUGGUGGGGACAAUCUGGAAAAAGUGCCCCAGUUCCAGGUGAGAGAUGUUAGAGACAAGUCCAAGGCCCCAGGACCUCUCCACCAGGUGAGGGAUGUCAGGAAACUGAUCAAAGGGUCAGGGGACAGCAGUGACAAGGGCAGUGUCACCCCAGAGCAGGGGUUGACAGGGCCUAAGCCUAGGCAGCUGACUGCUGCCACGGGAGGAUCUAGGUCCUUGUCCCCUAUGGUGAUUAUGUGCCAGGCAGUUGUGAAUCCAAGAGAAGACAGUGUGGAUCGAGAGCCCAGGGAAGGUGUGGGCAAAGUGGGCAGUGGCAGUAGAGUCUUGAACUCCUCCCCAGAAGGGACUGUUUUGGUUCACAGGGCAUCUGGCAGGCUGCCUGUAGCCACCAUUGCCCCCAAUAAAUCUGAACAGGGCUCUUACCUGCCUGUGCUUAAGAUUGUCUCCAAGGCGUCUGCUCAGAGGACCCCAGAGAAACCCAAAGAGGAAGACAUCAAGGAGGAAGGGAAAGCGCCAAAGCCAGCCCGGAAUGCCUUGGAGAAGCUCACAGCUGCGGUGAGGUCCAUGGAAGAGCUGUAUAGCUUCAACAGGAAUGAAUGGAAGCGUAAAAGCGACCCUUUGCCCAUGAUGGCUGACAGCCAUGUCCUGUCACUCAUCGCCAGUGAGGAGAGGGAAGGGGUGGAGGGACCUGAAGGAGACCCAGACAAGCCGGCCAAGCAGUUGGGGCAGAUGGAAGAACGGGACACAGGACACAAAGGCGGUGGGGUCCUGAGAGGGGCCCCCAUGGAGCGUCUGCAGCGGAGAAACUCUAACCCCAGCAGCACCGAGAGUGUGUCUGCCCGGGCAGCUGCCUUUGAGAACAUGGCCAGAGAAAGGCCCCGGUCUCUCUAUAUUCCCCCAGUCCACAAGGAUGUGGAAAGACCCCAACCUUUGCAGCCCCUGCCCCCGCUCCCCAGCAGUCGGAAUGUGUUCACAGUGAGUGCCAGCAGCACUCAAAAAACUGGGGGGGUUGCCGGCAAAUUCCCACAAGGGCCUUCUCCAGAGAGCCUUUCAACAGCCAAGGGUUUCAAAUCGCAGGGCCUCAGAUCCCUCAAGAUCUCCCCAGCCACCCGAGCACCUCCUGAUGAGGUCCCCAGCAGGAAAACUGCUGUCAGCCUGGAGAAGGGCAACAGUGACUGUGAGAAUUACCUGACCAUCCCCCUCAAAGGCAGUUCUGCUGCAGGGGAGUUGCUUGGCAGGCCUGGGGCUUCCAGAGAAGGGCCUGCCAGCUCCUCAGCGGCCACUCUUUGCAGCUUGCCUCCACUGAGUGCCCGCAGUCAGGUCCCCAAUAACUCCAAAGGCUCUCACGUCAGUGGAACCAGUAGGCCAGCCUGGCGUACCAAACCUGACAACCACCGAGAAACAGUCGCUGCCCCGCCAGGGCCUCAGAGCCCUGAGCAUACUCCCACAGCUGUCUACCACCAGCAGGCAUUGCCCUUUACUCUCCAGGGGGCCCAGCCUCAGGUCCUCUGUUUCUCCCCUCCUGGAAUGCCAGCCCCAGCACCUGCAGGCCCAGCUGCAGUCCCCACAGACCCCUUUCAGCAGCCGCAGCCUCAGCAGACACAGCGCAAGAUGCUCCUCGACGUGACCACUGGCCAGUACUAUCUGGUGGACACGCCCGUUCAACCUAUGACCCGGAGAUUGUUUGACCCCGAGACAGGGCAAUAUGUCGAUGUGCCCAUGACCUCCCAGCAACAACCAGUGGCACCCAUGUCCCUUCCUGUACCUCCUCUGGCCCUGAGUCCUGGGGCCUACGGGCCCACCUAUAUGAUCUAUCCCGGAUUUCUGCCCACGGUGCUGCCCCCCAAUGCCCUGCAGGCCACACCUAUUGCUCACACUGCGGGAGGCGGUGAGCUCCCAGUGGCAGCAGAGACCCCCAACAAAGAGACUGCUGCAGCGUUCACUGAAGCCCCGUACUUCAUGGCCUCUGGUCAGUCCCCUGCCUCCUCUUCCUCCUCAGCCCCAGCAGCUGCAUCCCAGCUCGUGGGGGCCAAGGGCUUCGCCCAGCUGCACGGCAAGCCUGUCAUUAGCAUCACCUCACAGCCCUUGGGGCCACGGAUCAUCGCUCCCCCUUCCUUUGAUGGCACCACCAUGAGCUUUGUGGUGGAACACAGAUGA